CUGAGAGCUUCACACAGGCGGUGGCAGCAGGUUUUCAGGCGACGGUAAGGCAGGUGCGACACGGCAAACAGACGGCUGCGGACGCGGUACAAAUGGUCGAUGACCGUGUGGAACACACGCAGGCAGCAACGGACGCGGCGGUGAGACGCCUCGACGGAGAAGUACAGCACACACAACAAGCAACGGACGCUGCUGUGGCAAGCCUCGGCGGGCGUGUGGACGCUACACAAGCGGUCACGGACAGGGCCGUUACUGCUCUGACAGAGCAGAUGGCGGAAAUGCGAGCACAGUUUCAGGCGGAAAUGCGGAUGCAGCAGGAAUCCAUGUUGCACCAGCAGCAACAGCACGCCGCGAUGAUGCGGGACAUGCAGACGCAGAACGCGUCGCUCCUCGCACAGCUGCAACAGCAGACGUUACAGG